GUAUGUUUGCGGCGCAGGGAGCGGUACCUGCGCCACCCACGCGCUUUGCGAGGCUGCGGGGGUCUUCCCGCUGCCUGACCGCGUAUCCUUCGCACAGGGCGCCUGCGUCGGCGUGCCAUGUGCAACUGCGUACUACACCCUGAAGCAUCGCGCGAAGGUCAGAGAAGGCCAAAGUGUCUUCAUCCAUGGCGCCUCCGGCGCUGUUGGCCUAGCAGCGGUGCAGAUUGCGAAGCACCUCGGCUGUCGCGUCGUGGGCACGGCUGGCACCCCUCCGGGGCUCAGCGCCGUGGUGGCUGCCGGCGCGGACGCAGCGCUGAACCACCGUGAGAGUGGCUACCUGGAAAAGUGCCGAGAGCAUGCGCCGGAUGGGUUCGAUGUCCUUCUUGAGAUGGCUGCACAUGCGAACCUCGCGGCCGACCUGACAGUCGCGGCCAAGAGGUCCUGCAUUUGCAUCGUGGGCUCCAAAGCCGAAGCCGUGGGCAUCAACCCGCGCGCCCUGAUGCCCUCGGAGAUGGACAUCCGUGGGGUCUUCCUGGGCUCUGCCACAGCAGAAGAGCGAGCAGAGAUACACAGUGGAUUACAUGACUUGAUGGCUGGGGGAGCGCUCGCUCCGGUCGUCAGCUUGCAGCUUCCGCUUCAGGAAGCGGCCAAGGCGCACGUGGAGGUGAUGCAGCCCAGCGCAGGGGGUGCAGCUGGAAACGUGGUGCUGCUGCCCUUCGCGGAGUCCAGCUUGUGA